AUUCGAAUGUCAAGAACAGUCAACGGUUUUUCAUGUUGUUCGUAGUCCUUUCAAUAGUUUUAAAGAAUAUUUUAAAGUUUUAUUUAUAAAAAGACGUUGUACUCGUGGUGUACUCAUUCAAAACUGUUUUGUUGUUAUCAUGGACACAAGCGAUAGUAUUGUAGACGAUAGCAUGAGGGGUGAUUCGACAAGAAACGAGUCUGGUUUAAUCGAUGAUAGUAUGAGUGGCUAUUACUCCAGCUCCAGAAACAGUAUGGGAAACGAAACAACUGAACAAAGCUCACACAUUAGUAGAAUAAAGAAAGAAUCUGCGAUGAUGUUAUCAGAAACUGAGUCAUCUGAUGAAUCUAACGUUGCAUCAUCGACAAACUCAAGUAAUGAUCAUGAUGAUAAUGAACACAUGGUUAGAAAUUCAAUGGAGUAUCGUGAAAUUACGCCCGCCAAAGAAAGUGUUGUUAUGAAACCGAGCUCAAGUGAUGUUAGCAAUAAGAAAAAAUACCCUUUCAUUAAGAUCUUAUCAGGAUCUGAAUUAUCAAAGGAAAGAAGCAAAGAUAAUAUAGAAGCUUUGUCUAAAAAUAAAACUGAUCACCCUAAUAAUAUAACAAUGGAAACAAGUUUAAUUUCUGGCGCAUCAGAAUAUGAAUCCUCUGAUGAGGAAAGUGACUUUGCUGAUAGUACUAAUAAAACGAAACAAAGCCCAAAAACAACAACUAAGGACGAAGAAAAUAUGAUAGACAAUUCAACUCGAGACGUAACUAGUUAUGCUAAAAAUUCCGAAAUUAUGGAACAAAGUUCGUUUUUUGGUGUCAGAAGAAAGAAAAAGAUUGCUAUAAUUGAUUCUGAUGCAACAGAAUCUGAUUCAUCAGAGGACUCAAGCGAAGAGUCUUCCGAAAAUCCAGAAAGUAAAGAGGAAAAUAUAAUAGUUUUAGAUGAAAGUAAAACUCGUUCAUCAAACGAAGAUAAAGUGAUUUCUCAAAGUACAUCCGUCGUCGAUUUUAAUUCCUCAGAAUCUGUAUCAACUGAAGUAUCAAAUCCACCAUCUCCCGAUUUUUUCAAAGGACCUUCGUCAAGGAUAUCCGAGAAUUUUAAAUCCCUUAAAUCAUCUUUAUGCAGUACUAUGAUUGGUAACGACUUAGAAGUGCUAUCAGAAGAUGAAUCAACAAAUGUAAUAGAAUUAAGCGAUGAAGACCCGGUGCCAAUUUCAACAAAACCUAAAACUUUUCAACCUGAGAAACCGGCGCCUCCGCCUACAAUGGAAGCUACUCCCGGACGUGUACUUGUUACUAAAGCCGUUUAUGACGACCAGAAGCGAAUAGUUACGAAAUUGCAGCAGGAUUUGGCCCAAGUUAAUAACGUGUUUAGAACCGUUGACUUGUCUAAGUUACCAGAUAAGGGUAAACUAAUGCGCGGCAGGGUUGUUAGUAUUGAAUCUUCUUUAAAAAUUGCGAAAGAUCGGCUUGAUAAAAUGGUUAUAGAUGCAGCACUUCAGGACGCAAAUCCCUCAAAUAAUAAAGCAACUUGGGAAGAUAUGAAAAUUCAAUCUGAUGUCGUCCAACCAAAAACUUUUGGGCGACAAGCAAUUUCGACAUACAACACUCAAAAAUCUCUAACUAUGGAACGUCUCCAACAACUACAUGGGUCAUUAUCCAAUUGUCCAAAGGAAGACUUCCUUGCAGAUGAUCCGAAAGGAUUGAAAAUCUCAUUGAUGCCUCAUCAAAAACACGCAGUCGCGUGGUUAUCGUGGCGAGAACAACAACAACCUUCUGGGGGUAUCUUAGCGGAUGAUAUGGGUUUGGGAAAAACAUUGACGAUGAUUUCGUUAAUGCUAAAAUCGAUAGAAAGUGCGCCGGAUCGCGAUGAAAAUGAGUGGAAAAGUAGACAAAAAGAAUUUGUUCAUGGGGGUACGUUGAUCGUCUGUCCAGCCAGUUUAGUUAAACAAUGGGAAGCAGAAGUUUCAAAACAUUGUAAAAGGGGAUUGGUUAAUAUUGAAUGUUAUCAUGGACCUAAAAGGGAAACACGAGCAACAACUUUAGCAAAAUAUGAUAUGGUAAUAACAACUUAUACAAUCUGUCAAAACGAAGCAUCAAAAUCCACCCCACUUUUCCGAAUAAAUUGGCGACGAGUUAUUUUGGAUGAAGGUCAUCAAAUACGAAAUCAUAAAUCUCAAACCGCGGCGGCCGCAUGUCAAUUAGAAGCGAGAUCGCGAUGGGUGUUAACGGGAACGCCAGUCCAUAACAAAGAAUUGGACAUGUACAGUUUGAUGAAGUUUUUACGGUGCACACCUUUUGAUGAUUACGGGAUUUGGAAAACGUGGAUUUCAAACAAAGACACCGGGGGUUAUCAAAGACUUCAAACGGUCAUCGCUUCGUUAAUGUUAAGACGAACGAAAGCUCAAUUACAAGAAAAGGGGGCGUUGCAAUCACUACCUGAGAGAAUUUGGAAAGUGGUUGAGGUGAAGUUGUCUGAAGACGAAACAGCUAUUUAUGAAAAAGUUUUGAUUUUUUCGCGAACCAUUUUUGCGCAGUAUUUAAGUCAAAGGAGUAAUAAGGAUAGAGGUUGGAAUGUUAAUGAAAGACCAACGGUGACCAAACCAAUACAACCUGGUAAUCCUUACUAUAAAAUAUAUGAAAAAAUGUCAAGAAGAUGUAAAGAAGUGAAACAACACGAGAUUUUAAUGGUACUUUUGCGUUUAAGACAAUGUUGUUGUCAUCCAUCAUUGAUCAGUCAAAUGUUGGAGAAUGCUGACCUUGAAGAAGAGGAAGAUGACGGAGUGAUGAAUCUUAUGGAGGAAUUAGAAAAAUUAGAUUUAGAAAAUGAUCAAGAAGAGAAAAGACCAGCUGUUAAAGUGGAAGUUACAAAGAAAUUUUCCUCUGAGAAUCCAUUAUUUUCAUCUGAUUAUAAAAGUAAAAAGGUGGAAAUGAUUUUGAAAACUAUAAAUGAAAUUGUGAAUGAGAAAAAAGAAAAAGUAAUUAUUGUUUCUCAAUGGACCAGCUUUCUAAGAUUAGUAGCAAAAUUUUUAAAAGAAGAAGGUAUUAAAUAUGAGCAACUUGAUGGAACACUUAAGAUUGACAAACGAAUGGAAAUUGUUCAAAAUAUUAAUAAUUCAAGCCAUCCAACGAGAGUGUUGUUGCUUUCCUUAACAGCAGGUGGAGUUGGGUUGAAUUUAGUCGGAGCGAAUCACCUUUUGCUUGUUGAUAUUCAUUGGAAUCCUCAAUUGGAGUCCCAGGCUCAAGACAGGAUUUACAGGGUUGGUCAAAAAAGACCGGUUUAUAUUUAUAAGUUUAUUACAAAUAACACUAUUGAAGAACAAGUCAAAAAUAUUCAAGAUUAUAAAUUAUCUAUCGCCAAUUCAAUGUUAACAGGAUCCAAAGUUGAACAUACUAAAUUGUCACUUCAAGACCUUCGAGUUCUAUUUAAUAUGUAAGUUGUGUAAGUAUUCGUUUUGUAGUUUAUUUAGUAGUUUUAAUAAUAUUAAUACUGUGAUGAUUCUUCUAAUAUUUGUAAAUUAUGUUUAAUAGCUGUUGAUUAUAUGAAUAAACUAUCUAAGUUGGCUGUUGAUGGGCUCUGUAAGCAACAAUUAUUUGAUAGGAAAAGAACAAUAAAAAGAAUCAAAAUUAAACAAAUAAUUGUUGGUUGCAUGAUAUCAAAAUUUUAAAUGCCAUUAAAAAAUAAGAAUAGAAAAUAAAAUAUUAGUAUUAUAACUUAACCUUGAAACAAUAUUAAUGAGAGAAUUGAAUAUAAACUAUUUUUGUAUUUAAUUUACCAUAUUCAGAUCUUAAUGAAAAUAAACUUUGUCUUAGUUCA